GAAAGAGGUGAAAUCUUCUUCUUUUACAGGCCCAAAGUGAACAGAGAGGAGGCUCAUGGGGCAGAGGACGUACAACGCCUUUACCUGGUUCUGCGGCCGGAAUCCGGCGAAACACCGGUCGAGGAGAAACAAAAUCCAAAAUCCGGCAAAGAAGGGUUGGCUAAUAACGAGGGCUGUGAGGAGGGUCGCCCGGAGGGUGGCGGGGGCCACGGCAGUCAGGAGGUGAACAUCGAGCGGCAGCCCUUGCUGCGUCUCAUCGUCAUGGGCCGGAAAAGCCUCCCGGAAAACCACGAGAAGAAGAAGAAGAAAUCAUCGUCUCCUUAUUGGGGUUUCGUGGAGUUGGUCACCACGAAAAUCGAGCACAUCAAGAAUGCUCUCAAAGGAGAAGAGUACGAGACUGCAACAAGAGGCCACAGGCACCUGCCCGAUUCAAGAGCCGCAGGGGAAGGGAUUUACCGUAUCUUGAGGCACAAACCGAAAAACGGCAGCCAAAAAAUGCACACGCACCUGAUCUACAAGCUGGAAUACCCGGAGAAAGAAGGUGGCGAACCUCAAGAAGCCCUUAACAUUGCACGCGAGGCUUCCUUCAUUAUCCAGAUCAAGAAUCCGGAAGCUUCCGGAGGAAGUCGUUCAUCUGGGUUCAGUGGGCUGAGUGAGAAGAGGAAGGCAGCUUUUCCGGCCCGUUUGCAGGGCAUUUUGGGCCAUGGUAAACGGUUCAGCCCAGCUGACCCGCCGGAUUUCCUCAACUAUGAAGGGUGUGAGAUUCUGUUGAUAUCUGCAUCCGACGACAUAGAGGAGGAGUUGGGCCUCGAGCUGAAGCCCGACUCGCAAGAGGGUGAAGCCCGAGAGUGCUCGGAUCUGCUGGAGACUUUUGGAGAGAUUGCGCCUAACUCGACCCGUCCCUUGUUCGAAGGCACUUGGCUCUGA